GUAAACAAACAUGGCGAACGGGGCGGAGCCAUCGGCCGCUGGUCCCGAGCUUGAGGCCGGUGUAGAGGACACAGAGAGGGGCGAGGAGGCUAAAAUAGCACAUAAUGAAAGCCCAGGGAAUGCGGAGACAACCCCAGCAGUCAAUGGCGUGGAGGUUCACUGGGGCUUCUCCCUAUCAGACCUGUACCGGAUCGCUCUUAAGUUUUAUAAAGAAAAAGAGGGCAAGGCUGUCCACCUUGGCUAUGGUGAGAAGUGUGCCCUGGUCGGCUUGACCCAGCAGGUGACCCACGGCCCCUUUGAUCCAUCGUCCUCACCUCCUGUGGGUGUGCUGGACGUUGUGGGCAAGGACAGGAGGCUGGCGUGGCAAGCCCUGGGGCCCAUGACAAGGGAGGAGGCUAAGCAGCAGUUCAUUAACAAACUCUCGGAUCUCGUGCCAACCUUCCGCCCAUACGUGGAAGCUUUGUGGGCCGACAAGGUGGAGAAGGAGAGACUAGCGAGAGAAGAAGAGGAACGGCAGAAGGAAGAGGAAGAGAGAAGAAAGCAGGAAGAAGAGGAGCAGAGAAAGGAAGAGGAAGAGAGGAAAAAGCAGGAGGAGACUAAGCGGCAGAUCCAGGAAGCGCUCAACCAGCAAACAUACGACCAGUUCAGGAAAUACGCAGAGCAACAGUACCCAGGCAACCCUGAGCAGCAAGCAGUCCUCAUCAGGCAGCUGCAGGACCAGCACUACCAGCAGUACAUGCAGCAGGUCUACCAACAGCAGCUUCUCCUACAGCAACAACAGCAGCAGCAACAGAAUCAACAAGAACACAGCAAUGAUGCUGAUGAUGUGAAUGAGCAGGGUGGCCAAGACAGCCAGACAGAUGGAGGGGAGGAGAGCCCAGGCCCUGCAGAGAAUGGCCAUGACUCUGAAGCAGAAGGGGAGUCAGAGGAGGAUGAGGAGGACGACUCCAGCCAGAAUGUUGCUCCAGCCUCCAUGUGGACGAGGAGAGACAUCAAGGACUUCAAGGAGUCCAUCAAACAUGAAGGAGGAGACUCAGUCAUCAAAGUUGGCCACGGGGAGACUGUCACUGUUCGGGUGCCCACGCAUGAGGAUGGGACUUGCCUCUUCUGGGAGUUUGCCACUGACAAUUAUGACAUCGGAUUUGGAGUUUACUUUGAGUGGACGAAGGACUCCAGCAAUGUAGUGUCUGUGCACAUAUCAGAGAGUGAGGACGAGGAGGAGGAGGAAGAGCCUGAAGGUGAGGGGGAUGAUGUAGAGAGGCUGGCUGGUAGGAAGUCUGAGAGUGGUCGGCCAGCCCAGUCGGUGAUCAUCCCUGUGUACCGCCGGGACUGCUAUGAGGAGGUGUAUGCUGGCUCACACUCCUACCCUGGCACUGGUGUCUACCUCCUCAAGUUUGACAACUCGUACUCCCUUUGGCGCAGCAAGACGCUCUACUACCGUGUCUACUACACCAGGUGAGGCAGCCCCGCCCCCUCCUGCGCCGCGGCCCGCCGGCCUCGUGAUGGGGCGCGCCAGCCCCUCUUGUGGGAGGUGUAGGUCUGUCUGGCCGCCUCAGCUAACAGCAAGGACAAAUUUUGCUAUUUUUGUAUAUAUAUUUUUCAGGAGGUUUAGGUUUUUCAUCAAAAAUACGCUUGACUAUUGUCCAGACUGUUUUUUUUUUUUUUUUUAUCUUUUUCUUUCUUUUUUUCUUUUGCAGUGUACAUGUCCGACUGUGGCAUGUAUGUGUUUGUUUUGAGCUUUUCCUUGAUAGAUGUUACUUGCAGAGAAAUCAUGGUGUGAAAUCAGUUGUAUAUAUAUAUAUGUAGAGAUGAUCAAGCUCAACUGUUAAUCUUUGUUAACCUAAUGAUGGCACUAUCAGUCGUCUUGACAUGUUUCUAGCAUUAGAAAUCUUCUUAUGAACAUUUGUUAUCUCUGGUUGACUGUUGACACAUGGAGGUUUGGCACGGCCAUUUUCAGUUCUUUGUACUUGUCAGGGCUCUGCUUCCCUUUGUUCCCUGAUGAACAUCCAAGGCUUGUGGACAUCUGCACCUGCAGAUCCAAAAGCCUCUUGUUUACCUGUUUGGAGCUUACAGUGAGGUGUGUCUCAGUGGAACACUUCUUGAUUGGCUUAAGUCAAAAGCAAUACCAUUGGCACAGUACAAAUUUUCUUUGAUAACAGCCACUGGUACUACUCUUUCAAUUAGAAUAUCUUGAUGGCAGAAGUGAAUCUGCAAAAAUAUUUCCAUGUCAAUCAAACCAGGAGGCCAUCUGAGAGACCUCACACGUCCACCAGUCCCAGGCCAGCAGGACACCGUGCAUGUGUGGAUUGGUGUGAAGCAUUUGUGGAUUAUUCCAAAUUUUGCAUUUUAAAGAAACAAGUGAGCAAAAGCUGUAAGAGGCUAUGAGCAAUUUGAGGUUUUGAGCACAUUCACUGUUGGCAAUGUUAAGUGAUACACAGACUCACUGGGAGUGCACUUUUUUUUUUGUCACUGGUAUUCCUUCCACACUUAUAUGAAACAUUGACUGUGUUGUUUGGACUGAUCUGAUGCUUACAGAAUACAUGUUUGUGUUUGCCAGUGUGUUUUCAUUGCAGUAAAAAACUCCUGAUGCUUGUGUUGUCUGGUGCAUGCACAAAUACCAGUGCUUCCAUGUAGAGGAGCUCAAGAGCCUGGCAAGUUAGCCGCUGGGCUCAUUUCGUAGCUUUGCUUUGAGCUGUUGGGCUCCACACGUCAUGCCAGUUUACUGUUCUCAAUUUCCAUGACUUCCAGAAACAGGAGAGUGAAGGAAACUUGGUUUUUUCUCUGAGAUAUUUCCUUUACAUGUGCAGUUUUGUAAGAGGUCUAAACUAGUGAGUGUUAAGAAUAUGACUACUUAAUUAUGGUAGAAAGUGGCAGUGGUGUACAGAUGUAGAUGGAUGAUGAUGUGACAUGAAUCCUGAGUGAUGGAUGCAUCUCAAGAAUUACCAGACAGAAAGUGAAAUCAAAGCAAAGAGGGAGGCAUUUUCCUUGAUACUAAAAUCUAAAUGUGCACACUAGGACACCUGCUGUAGGCCCAGAGUGAUGCAUAGGAGGUGCCGUACAAGUUGGGGAAGAUGCUGCUUACUUUCUUGGGACAUAUUCAAUCUGAUAACUGAUGGGCAAACAAUCGGCAGUUCCCUUAUUCUUCUAUGGUCUAAAUAUGCACCUAGAUACUAAUCAUCUGACCUCAGAAACACUUCAUUUCUAUGUUGAUUAGAGCAGGUAUACUUCAGGUCUGGCACCUUCAUGAGGUCAAAGUUCAUUUUUUUUUAUUUCACUGAAUUUGAAGUGCAUUAUAAAAGCAUAUGUUUAUUUAUGAAUGUAAAGGUUAGUUGUUAUAGUUUGUUAACACCCUAACUAUAGGACAGACAAGUUUGAUCUUUCUCAUUUUUUUCUGUGAUGACAGAUAUAAAUUCUUGAAUGACUCAAGCAUUCAUUAUUGAAGCCUUAUGUUAUUCAACAUAGCAAACAUAUGCUUUUAAAAUACAAAGCAAAAAAUAUUUACUUACGAUUAUAAUUGCACUAAACUUGUUUAUUCUUCUGGAUUCAGUGAUACAGCCACCAGCCAGGAUUCCCACACUAAAACAUCAUCAUCAUCUUACAAUGCAACCUAAAAUAUCUACAAGACCCAGUGAAGUUGCAUUGUCACCGCAGAAAAAUGGUGGUAAACCUGUGCACAUCAUGAAUGCAUGAAGAAAAGUGUGUGUGUGUGUGUGUGUGUGUGUGUGUGUGAGAGAGAGAGAGAGAGAGAGAGAGAGAGAGAGAGAGAGAGAGAGAGAGAGAGGGCACACAUGUUGGAGUGCACCAAAGGCAAAGCUUUGACAAAGAGAAUGAUAAGCUGUAAUCAUGCUUGUAUAUUUAGAAGCAAUAAUCUCCUGCCCACACACCAGCUGUGGCUGUGUAUGGACCAGUGAGAGUCGGGAGGUGACAGACAACUGAACCGCCUCAUUCCUUCUCCCUUACUUCAUGGAGCAGUGAAAGAGGAAAUAGAUGAAGCCACAUUUUCCUCUUCCUUCCUCUCAGAAGUUAGCAGGCAUGGGUGUGAGGCUGUCUGUCAUCUACCUGUCACUUGCUAGUCUGCUUCUUGGCUGCAAAGGGUGGUGACUGCUUCUAAGCUCUGUGUUAUAAGGAAUUCUGCCCACAUGUUCUAACCAUGUUAGCUGGUUUUCCUACAAGCUGAUUAGUGCUGUAUUAUGUACUUAUGAGUAGCUAUUGCAUUUUUAAUGUACAGUUAUCACACUUAUAUUUGGGUGAUGCUUCUUCAAUGAGAUAAAUGUAGUGAAUUCCUUGAUUUAUGGCUAUUUUUCUGUUUUGAAAGUGGCAGCACUACAUGAGAGGAAUUUAUGAAAACAUUACAAGAAAGGCUUGCUGUGGAAAACCCUGUGUUAGCUUUGCCAGCAUGUACUCAGUUUCCUUGUGUUCUCUAUACAUAUAACAGAAAAGGAAAUGCAGAUUGCAACAAGCUAAGCAACUGCUGUAAAGAAUUGAUGCAUACUGAACCUACACAUGCAUUUAAUAAGAAUAAACCCCAAUGUGUACAUAUAUCACUACACAAGAUACUAAUUGUUACUGUGUGGAUGAUCCUUAGUGUGUACAUUAGGUAGAAUUUUAGCCUGUUUUCUGGAUUUGCUGCUGCAGCCGAUAGUGUUAGAUCUCUGUUGACUUAUGGAGAGUUUCCCCAAUUUGACUUUGUUCAUUUUUCCUGGAGCUGUUGAUGGGGAGACCAGAGAGGGUUGAGAGGGGACUGUGGGGAUGGGUGAUAGAGAGCCAAGGGUAUGUUGGAGAGUGAUGUAGCUGAGAUGGUGAGUGGGUGAUGGAACCAAGGGUAUGGUGAUUGGGUGACAGAGCUAAGGGUAAUGCAGCUGUGGGAUUGUGACUGGGUGACAGGAAAGCUCUUAGGGGUGAAGUAAAGCUCUUGAUCAAACAUUCAUGACACAGUGCAGUGGUUGGUGUUGCAAAUUGAUAUUAUUGGAAACUAAACAAUUGUGAAAGAUUCAGUGUAUUGGCAAGAUUACAUGUGGCAUUUAAGUGAAAACUUUUUUUUUGCAGAUAAAUUGUAUACUUAUGUAAACUAUAAUGUUACCUGAGCUAAUUUAGAUAAUACAAGUUAGUGUUUAUUUUGUUAACUUAGAGUUUAAGUUGAUAAUGAAUGUAAAAUUAGAUACAUUAAAUUGUUUUUCUUUGGGGGAAAUUUAAGUAAAUGGUGAGGGUGAUAUGGUGAGUGAUGGUGAAGGCAGGAAACUGAGCUAAGCUGUUGAUGUAGAUAGUGUCUGAUGCAAAUGGAAAAGCUUUAUAUUCAUACUGAAUAAAAUAUAAUUGAAUA